AUGUAUGGGGUUACAGAAAUCGCGUUUGCUCCUCUUAGAAAGGAUAUAUGUCUCACUGACCCCAACAGUGAUGCGUACAAAACCCUGACAGAAAAGGCUCUCAAACUCAUCAAGGGCUGGAAAGGGUGUCAGCGGAUAUAUUGGGGAGUCGAAAUUGAGAACCCAGACAGGCUACGGCUAUUUGUCGACUGGGAUUCUAUGGAGGUUCAUAAUGAGGCUAAUAAAGAUCCUGCCUAUCUACCCGCUGUAAUACCUAUUGGUUCUGUGUGCUCCGGACCACAUACGGUAUACCACGCACGGUUUCAACCUCAUCCGCCUGUCGUUCUUGUCGAAGCACCGGUGACGGAAGUCAUGACGACUUAUUACCCAGCCGACUACUCCGCGGAUGAUCAGAAGAAGUACCACAACUCUACGACGAAAUUCCUCGAGGCAUGCAGAUCACUUGAUGGUGGAUGCUUGUCAUGUACUAGCGGGUGGGUGGAUGAAGUGCAGGAAAUUGAGGGCGAAAAAUUGAAAGCCUAUGUGGCUUUGUUAGGGUGGAAAUCUGUUGACCAUCAUUUGGCCUUCCGUGAGACAGCCUCUUUCAAGAAGCUAAUAGAAGGGAUGGAUCAACCUCGUGACUGGGAGAAGAUGGAGGCGGUGCACGUUAAGGUUACAGAAUAUAAUGGAUAA